GCUGGCACUAAUGGCGGUAUCGGACUUCCUGAUAAUCGCCUUCGCAAUACAGGGUAUGCGUGAGUCCCUCGUGAUUCCCGUACCCCUAUAAUUGCUUUCAUCACCCUUCUUUUUAAGAGUUUUCCGAUCAGUAGAACAUGGCCGCACUCCGAGCGCCCCAACGAGAUUCACGACCCCGUUAAAAGCUCGAUCCUCCAACCAGGAUUCCCAACGACGAUGUCCUCUACACCUUCUACUAACAGUGACAUUAUAGCCAGUGUAUUCUCAGACUCGCUCCCAUCUGCUGGCACCAAUGGCGGUGUUGGAUUGUCUGACCCCGCCACUGCGAGCCAGCGUCGUUCAAUGCUGGAUCUUAUUAACCGCCUUCGUAAUACAGGGGUUCAGAGGGAUAUUGACCUCCCUAUGAUCGCUGUCAUUGGCAAUCAAAGUGCGGGAAAAUCAUCCCUCAUCGAAUCAAUUUCCGGUAUCACCCUUCCUCGUUCUCAGGGAACCUGCACAAGGUGUCCUACGGAGUGUAAGCUUACACAAGCAGACACACCUUGGACUUGCGUCGUCAAACUUCACUUUAUUACAGACGAACGUGGCUCACCCAUUAAACCCGAGAUCAAACCGUUUGGUGACCCCAUCUCUGAUAAGGUUCAUGUGGAAGAGCGUAUUCGCCGGGCACAGCGUGCAAUUUUGAACCCAAAAACUAACCAUGAAAAAUUCCUCGAAGUUGUCGAGGUCCCAUCAGGUGGAAAUGAAACAUCAUUUUCACGAAACUAUGUUUCCCUGGAGAUUAGUGGUCGAGAGCUCGCUGACUUGUCGUUUGUCGAUUUGCCUGGGCUUAUUGCGAGCGUUGGACUUGCAGGUAAUGUCAACGACAUUGAGUUAGUGAAAAACCUCGUCACAUCAUACAUCGAGAAGCCAAGCUGUCUGAUCCUUCUCACGGUUGCUUGCGAAACGGAUAUUGAGAAUCAAGGGGCGCGUCACCUUGCGAAGCAAUAUGAUCCAAAGGGGACUCGUACAGUGGGUGUCCUCACGAAACCAGAUCGCAUUCCCCGUGGCGAAGAAGAAUCAUGGAUCCGUCUCAUCCGAAACGAAGUCGAACCUCUUGAUAACAACUGGUAUUGUGUCAAGCAGCCUAGCUCGCACGAAAUUUCCCAAGGGAUCAACUGGGUUGGCGCUCGGAACAUGGAGAGAGACUUCUUUGCAACAACAAAACCGUGGUCCGGCCUCGAUUCGCAUCUACAUCAGUUCCUUGGAACCAGCAGACUCACAGAGCGACUCAGUGCAAUCCUUGCAGAGUUAAUCGCCAGAAGACUCCCUGAGAUUCAAGAAGAACUACAGGCGGUAAUACUACAAGCGCAGAGUGAACUUGGAGAAUUGCCGCCAGAACCGUCAAGCAAUCCCGUAGGCGAAAUCCAUCGUGUCCUGAACGGAUUCACCAGGGAGGUUUCGGAAUGUCUCAAAGGCACUCCUGACGAAAAUGGACUUGUGCAAACCAUCCGAACUCAUUCUGAGAGGUUCAAACGAGAAAUAUAUUUCACGGCUCCUAGUUUCGUGCCAUGGGAGCGGAAAGAUGCUCAACGGCACCCCGGAUUGCCCGCCAUCAAGUUUUUGUCAAAUGAGGAAAACAUUGGCCACGAUGAUGAAAGUGACGAUGAUGCGUCUGGUCCACUACCUGCCACGCUGCGUAGUAGCAAUAUCAUAUAUAUCGACGAGGUCAUGCAAAGAGCCAAAAAUGGCCGCACACGUGAACUGCCCGAUUACUAUCCCUUCGUUGUUCAAGAAGCCUACAUUUCCACGAUAGUGAAGAAAUGGCAAGAGCCUGCCAUCGACCUCUUCGACAUUGUAAAUAGCAUUAUGAGAGAAUCCAUUGAGAAAAUGGUGGAUGACCAUUUCGCACAUUUGGGGAAGGGUGGCGUCAAGCAAGCUGUAUUGAUGAUCGUUUAUGACCACCUUGACCUAGCUGCAGCUCGCGCGAAGGAGAAAAUGGAUUGGUUACUUCAAGUGGAGAGAGCGCCUGCAACCCUGAACACUCAUUACUACUCCGACUAUCGCGAUAAGUUCCUCGCGUACUACAGAGGCUGCAGAGACGAUAACCGUGGUAUUAUGUCCAACAUUCGAAAACUGGCAACCGACCGUAAUAGAGUAGAGACCGUGAACAAGGCGCUCUCUUCGCUGAAAGAGCUCGGAAUCUCAACGCAAGUUGAUGAUCUGGCCCGAUUGAUACCUUCUGAUCCAUUGGAGGUGGCGCUGGGAAUAAUGGCGAGCGUCCGAGGAUAUUUUCAAGUUGCAUACAAGCGUUUCGUUGACAUGGUGCCCUUGGCAAUCGACUAUGAAAUGGUCCGAGGACUGGAACGCGGCCUCGACGAGGCCCUCCUUGACGGACUGCAGGUCACAGGUGCUGAUGCACAUGAACGCUGCGCUGCGAUGCUUCAAGAACCUGCAGCUAUUGCAUCGAAGAGACAGGAACUGUCGAAGAAGUUGGAGAGACUGCGUGCGGCACGUACUGAACUGAAGCGGUUGACUGUUUGAUAGUUAUAAUCAUUCUGCUUGUCUUUUUCGAGCUCUGUCUUUGUUUCACUAAGCGCCAAACCACGUUUUGCUCACUACCUGAUUGACAAUUGUAUUUCACUUCGAACUUGAUUGACGUUGCGAAGAAGCGCAGGUGCCGUUCUCUCAUC